UCACGUGGCAGCCAGAAAGCGUAGCCGCCGCAAAAGGGAGCUUUCUCCCCUACACCCGCCCCGGCGCUGGGGAGAAAACAGCGACGUAGUUUCCGUUUCCGCCGUCUUUUCCUCUUCCGGUCCUCGAGGACGCCGCGCCGGCUGGGACUUCGGCUCCAGCCCGGGUGUGGGGCGCGACGGCAGCUAUGGCGAUGUUUGAGCAGAUGAGAGCGAACGUGGGCAAGUUGCUCAAGGGUAUCGACAGGUAUAAUCCUGAGAAUCUGGCCACCCUGGAGCGCUAUGUGGAGACACAGGCCAAGGAGAAUGCCUAUGAUCUGGAAGCCAACCUGGCUGUCCUGAAGCUGUACCAGUUCAACCCAGCCUUCUUUCAGACCACGGUCACCGCCCAGAUCCUGCUAAAGGCCCUCACCAACCUUCCCCAUACCGAUUUCACGCUGUGCAAGUGCAUGAUCGACCAGGCACAUCAAGAAGAACGGCCCAUCCGGCAGAUUUUGUACCUCGGAGACCUGCUGGAGACGUGCCACUUCCAGGCCUUCUGGCAAGCCCUGGACGAAAACAUGGACCUCUUGGAAGGUAUAACUGGUUUUGAAGAUUCUGUCCGGAAAUUUAUCUGCCAUGUCGUGGGCAUCACUUACCAGCACAUCGAUCGCUGGCUACUGGCUGAGAUGCUCGGAGACCUGACAGACAGCCAGCUAAAGGUGUGGAUGAGCAAGUACGGCUGGAGUGCUGAUGAGUCGGGCCAGAUCUUCAUCUGUAGCCAGGAAGAGAGCAUUAAGCCCAAGAACAUCGUGGAGAAGAUUGACUUUGACAGUGUGUCCAGCAUCAUGGCCUCCUCCCAGUAACUUUGCUGGCGUUUAAUAAAGAUUCGUUGACUUCUUA